UCCUUCCUCUGAAAAAGGCUCUCGCAGAUACUUCCAGAGAAGCUUCUACGAAACGAGCAGAGAAUCGGAGGAAAACCUGAGGAGAGAGAAAAACCCUAGGCGGAGGGUGAAGCCGGAAAAAUCUUAUGGCAGCGGCGAACGUAGCGCAUCCUGGCCGUGGAGGCGGCGGCCGGAGGGGCGGAGGAGCACUGGAUGACGACAAGCUCGUCUUUGAGACGACGGAGGGGGUCGAGCCCAUCACGAGCUUCGAUCACAUGGGGAUCAAGGAGGAUGUGCUUCGCGGCGUCUACGAUUACGGGUUCGAGAAGCCCUCCGCGAUUCAGCAGAGGGCUGUGAUGCCGAUUCUACAAGGUCGCGACGUUAUCGCUCAGGCUCAAUCUGGUACAGGGAAGACCUCCAUGAUUGCGCUCUCGGUUUGCCAAAUCGUCGACACCUCGUCCAGGGAGGUUCAGGCCUUGAUAUUGUCCCCAACAAGAGAGCUGGCUUCACAAACAGAGAGGACGAUACAGGCUAUUGGGUUACAUGCAAAUAUUCAGGCACAUGCCUGCAUUGGUGGCAAGAGAGUCCACGUUGUGUCUGGAACUCCUGGUAGAGUCUGUGACAUGAUAAAGAGGAGGAGUCUACGUACCAGAGCCAUUAGACUAUUGAUUCUUGAUGAAUCAGAUGAAAUGCUGAGCAGAGGAUUCAAAGAUCAAAUUUACGAUGUUUAUAGAUAUCUUCCACCGGAUCUUCAGGUUGUCUUGGUUUCUGCUACUCUUCCUCAUGAGAUUUUGGAGAUGACAAACAAGUUUAUGACGGAUCCUGUGAGGAUACUUGUGAAGCGUGAUGAGUUGACUCUUGAAGGAAUCAAACAAUUUUUUGUGGCUGUUGAGAAAGAGGAAUGGAAAUUUGAUACCCUGUGUGAUCUUUAUGAUACACUUACUAUCACUCAAGCUGUUAUUUUCUGCAACACGAAACGAAAGGUGGAUUGGCUUAGUGAGAAGAUGAGGAGUAACAAUUUCACUGUCUCAUCGAUGCACGGGGACAUGCCUCAGAAGGAGAGAGAUGAAAUCAUGAAUCAGUUUCGGUCUGGUGAAAGCCGUGUUCUGAUCACGACAGAUGUGUGGGCACGAGGAAUUGAUGUUCAACAAGUUUCUCUUGUCAUCAAUUAUGAUCUACCCAAUAAUCGUGAGCUUUACAUCCAUCGGAUUGGACGUUCUGGUCGUUUUGGUCGCAAGGGAGUUGCGAUUAACUUUGUAAAGAGCGACGACAUCAAGAUCCUGAGGGACAUCGAGCAGUAUUACAGUACACAGAUAGACGAGAUGCCGAUGAAUGUGGCAGAUCUUAUCUAAAAGGUUUUGGUUUGUUAUCUGGCUUCCAUGGAUUUGGAACAUCUUUAGACGUCGUGAUGGGUGUGUGUUGCAUGAGCUGGUGGCAAUUCAAGGGAAUGUUUUGAAAGAGACAUGCAAAAAGGCUUGAUGAUUGUUAUAAUGGUGUUAACACACUACUUUGGGGGUAUUUUCAUGGAUUUCAUAUCCAUUUGUGAAAUGUUGUUUCUUUUAGGAGUUUUUUUUUUAUAAUUAAAUUAAGAGGAAUUGGGUGUAAUUUUGGAAUAUUUUCUAACAACUUUCGAUGUUUGCUUAA